UUUCGGUCGCGCAGGAAACUCUCCUCCGCCUUUACGGCACAAGCAGGGAAUAUGGCGGAGAGUGGGAACUCGCCUGACGGACUGGAGCUCAGUAAGAAAUGGCUGGAGGCUGCAGACAGCAGAGCAGAGAUGCUCAGGUAUCUGAAGGAGCAGGUGCCGCAGAUCUUCUGUCUGAAAAAGGAACUCAGCCCUCAAGAAGAAGAGGAGCUCAUGCAGAGCCGUCUCCUCUACCCUCUGGAGUGCUUCAUUUUUGGAGAGCAUCCCCAGGAGGGUCUGGAGAAGCUCAAGCAGGACAGCACUUCCUCACAGCUCUGUGGACGUGUGUUCAAAGAGGGAGAGACUGUCUACUCCUGCAGGGAUUGUGCAAUAGAUCCCACUUGUGUCCUGUGCAUGGACUGCUUUCAGGAUAGUGUGCACAAAAGCCAUCGCUACAAGAUGCAUGCAUCAUCAGGCGGGGGGUUCUGUGAUUGUGGAGAUUUAGAGGCCUGGAAGAUUGGCCCUUGUUGCUCCAAACACGACCCAGGGGGAGCCACUGCCAUGGUAACGGAUGAAUGUGUGCUGCACCCUGAGUUAUAUGAACGUGCUGAAAGACUGUUCCGAGUCCUGCUGAGCUACAUCACAGAGUUUUUGGUGUGGGAAGAACACUUUGAGCUAUCAGCUGAACUCCAGCCACAGACAAAAGAAAAUGCUUACUAUUGUGUACUGUACAAUGAUGAGCACCACUCAUACGACCAUGUGAUCUACACCCUGCAGCGCUCUGUUAACUGUGAUCAAACUGAGGCUCAAACACACACAACACUCAUUGACAAAGAGGGUCGGCGAGCAGUCAAGAGAGGAACCUUUCGUUCCUGCCAGCAAGCAAAGGAUCUAAUCAGGUCCAAUUCUGAGCACAUUUCCCUGCAACCGCUCCGUGUGGAAAUCCUUCAAGCAGCAAUAAUGGCUCAUCAAACGUUUGUGAUCCGCCUUGGCUCCUGGUUCCAGAAGAUCAUUGGUUAUUCAGCGGGAUUCCGGCAGGUCUUUUGCCAGGUGGCCCUCGAGCCGAGUGCAGACGGGGAUCAGCCUUGUCUCAUCAGCAGACUCAUGCUGCAUGAUGCCAAGAUGUACAAAGGCGCUCGCAAGGUAGUACAUGAGCUGAUUUUCUGUAGCAUGCUUAUGGAUGCUGAAUUUAAGAGACUCUUUGCAAUUGAGUUUACAAAGUACUACAAGCAGCUGCAGAAGGACUUCAUUAAUGAUGACCAUGAAAGAAGUAUAUCCAUCACAGCUCUGUCCGUUCAGAUCUUCACUGUUCCCACAUUAGCCAGACACUUGAUCGAAGAGGGCAACGUCAUUAAAGUGAUUGUUGGGACAAUCUCAGAAAUGCUGCGGGAACAUCUUGAUAUUAACAAUCGCUUCUUCUUCCUGGGCUACAACUCAGACAAGUUGUUGCGCAUCCAAGUCAUCUUUCAUGACCUUAGAUAUAUUCUGAUCAGUAAACCCUCAAUAUGGACUGAGGAGCUGCGGGUAGAGUUUCUAGAGGGAUUCAAAGUCUUUCUUGGGCUUCUCACUUGCAUGCAGGGUAUGGAAGAAGUGAUGCGGCAGCUUGGACAACACAUUGCGGUGGAGCCAGAGUGGGAAGCUGGGUUUUCUCUCCAGAUCCAGCUCCGUCACAUUCUUGCCAUGUUUCAGGACUGGUGUUCUUCUGAUGAGAACAUCUUGCUGCUUGCAUAUAAGGAGUGCCACACGGUCCUGAUGCAAUGCAACAACCAACCCUUCUAUAAGGAGCCCAAAGACUACUACAUGUGCAAACACAUCCUCAAUGUUCGUCCUUACAAAGUCUCUCAGGCGCCCGUCAGUAUACACCUUCCCAUCUCCAGGUUACUGGCCGGCUUGUAUGUCCUUCUGUGUGGAACAGGAGCAAUCGAGCGCCUGAAUAAUGCUGAAAUGUAUGACUUCACGCAGCUUGUAGAUCAUCCCCUGCGCUGUGUGGUUCUGGCUGCGCAGGUCUCGGCUGAAAUGUGGAGGAGAAAUGGACUGUCAUUGGUCAGCCAGGUCUACUACUAUCAAGAUGUGAAAUGCAGAGACGAGAUGUACGAUAAAGAUGUUGUCAUGCUUCAGAUAGCUGCUUCCAAAAUGGAUCCCAACCACUUCCUUAUGCUGAUCUUACUGAGAUUUGAGCUCUUUGAAUAUUUCAAUGGAAGUUUUUCAAGCAACGAUCAGGAUGAAUUGAUGCAUUUGAACCGUUUGACAGAGGAGAUGCUGUACCUGAUAAUCGUCGUAUUUGGUGAGCGCUACGUUCCUGGAAUCAGUCAGGUGACCAAAGACGAUGUGACAAUGAGGGAGGUCAUCCAUCUGCUGUGCACUGAGCCCAUGGCUCAUAGCAGUCUGGUUAAGAACCUGCCCGAGAAUGAAAGCCAUGAAACAGGCCUGGAGGCAGUAAUCGCCAAAGUUGCUACGUUCAAAAAGCCAGGAGUGUCAGGACAUGGCUUAUAUGAAGUAAAAAAAGAACAACUACAAGAAUUCAACCCCUUCUUCUAUCAUUACUCAAGAUCGCAGCACAGCAAGGCAGAUGAGUCUCAGAAGAAGAGGAGAGCUCAGGAGGGCAACGAUAAAGCUCUGCGCCCCCCAGUGCCUCCACCGUUUUGCCCAGCGUUCUCCAGUGUCGUCCACCUCCUCUGCUGUGACAUUUUCGUCCACAUCCUAAGACAAAUCCUGCUGAGAUCUGUCGAGGACCAACCUACUCACUGGACAGAGGCCAUGAUCCAAAGGGCUCUACACCUGAUUGGUCAAGCAUUGCUGGAAGAAAAAACACAGCUCGAGGAUAGCACCGUGGAGGAAGUGGCCUUUGAUUUCAGCCUCAAGGCCCACAGAGUUGGUUCAGAACAUGGGAAGUCUGUAUUCCUCUUGUUGUCCAAGACUAAGGCUCUGCCCUCCCUUGAAGCUCAAAAAGACACUAUCAAAUGGCUUCUGCAGAUGUUUGAGGUUAUCAAGUGCCUUAGAGAGAAGUCCAGUCCGACAGCAUCAGUGACCAUGGACACCUCCAAGCCAGAGGAGAGUGUGCAUGACAAAGAGAAAGCUGAGCGAAAAAGGAAAGCAGAGGCAGCCAAGCUCCACCGGCAGAAGAUUAUGGCCCAAAUGUCAGCGAUGCAGAAGAACUUCAUUGAGUCGAACAAGAUGCUGUAUGACAACAUGCCUGAAAGUGGGACACAAGGAGAACCAGUAACAGCCAAUGAGAGUGGCGCUAUGAAACAGAGGGAGCUUUGCAUAGCCAUCGGGCCUAACAGAGGGUCCACUCCCCCUGAAAGGGAAGUUCUCACCUGCAUUCUGUGCCAAGAGGAGCAGGAGGUUUUAGCUCAGGCUCCAGCCAUGGUACUGACGGCGUGUGUCCAGAGGUCCACCGUGCUGACACAGUGCAGAGGAAAGAUACCGACCAACAGAGCAGACGGGCCGGGGACAUAUCCCCUCUUCAUGCCUCCUGAACUCGCUGUGGGGACCCACACUGGCAGCUGUGGACAUGUUAUGCACGCCACAUGUUGGCAGAAAUAUUUUGAGGCAGUCCAAAAUACAACCAGGAACCGGCUCCAUGCUGAGCUGAUCGUUGACCUGGAGAACGGAGAGUACUUGUGUCCAUUGUGCAAGUCUCUGUGCAAUACUGUGGUUCCUCUCAUCCCAUUAGAGCCACUAACAUUUAACCAUGAGAAUUCAGAGAUGAUAAGACAGCAUUUGACACUGCCUCGCUGGAUUCAGAUCCUUUCUGCCAGGAUUAAAGGCCUAAAAUCAGUCACUCAGGAUAACGAUGUCAAUGCAGAUUGUGAUGGUGGUAAUGGGAGUAGUAGCCUGUGCGGAGAAGGUCCGUCAGACUUUAGAUCCAUUCUAAGCUAUGGAGUACAAGAACCGAGAAAGCUCUCAGACAGCAUCACCGAUAUGCUAGUUGUGUGUGCCACCACAGUCCACAGAGUGGGAUUGAAGACGGCACCCAAUGAGCUCUGCCCGCGUGUGCCCCUCAUGGUCUGGAACACUUGUGCCUUCACGAUUCAGGCAAUAGAAAACAUCCUGCAGGAGGACAACAAGCCACUAUUUGGAUCUUUACAAAACAGACAGCUUGCAGGUCUGAAGGCUAUUGUUCAGUUUUCAGCAUCGCAGAGGCUCAAGAGCUCCCAGGCAGACAUCCAAAGGCAUUUCACAGACAUGAUGGGGGUCUUGCUGCCUGUGAUGUGCAGAAAGAACACACCUUCUAUUGUGGAGGUAGACUUCUUCCAUCUUCUGGUGGGGCUGGUGUUGUCUAUACCCUCACUGUACCAGGAGGAGGCUGUGGACCUGCAGCCGUCCGCUGUGAGCUCUACCUACAACCACUUGUACAUCCUGCAUCUGAUCACCAUGGCUCACAUGGUGCAGGUCCUCUUGAUUUCUACAGAUUUCCCUGUUGUAGGGGAUGGAGAAGAAACGGAGGAGGCGUCAGCAGCAGCAGAGUUUUUCACAACAGUGUAUGCUGCUGGAAGGCCGCUUCCAGAUUUGUCUGGCAGCUCUGUAGCACAACGAGUGAAGAUGGGGAUGGAACCUUUCCUGCGCUGUGCUGCUCUCUUUUUCAAUUGCCUGACGGGAGUUCAUCCACCAGAGGAACUUUUGUGCACUCCUGUUGCAUCUCAAGGACUGGUAGAGACACUAUGCAGUUACUUGGCACUCCCUACCAAUUUGUUCCAGCUCUUCCAGGACUACAGAGACACCGUCUCUCCACUGCUGCAGAGAUGGUGUGGGAGCCCAGCCAUACCCAAAGCUAUGAAAGGCAAAUCCCAGAUUGUCAGAUAUCCCAGGAGAAGGAAUCGUUUGAUUGAUCUUCCUGAGGAUUACAGUGUUCUUCUCAAUCAAGCCAGCCAUUUCCAGUGUCCGAAAUCUACAGAUGAUGAAAGAAAGCAUCCGACCCUGUGCCUGUUUUGUGGGGCGAUGCUCUGCUCACAGAGCUCCUGCUGUGUCAGCAAGCUAGAUGGGGAGAAUGUAGGCGCUUGCACCGCCCACGCUGCCACUUGCGGCGCUGGCGUGGGCAUGUUCCUAAGAAUAAGAGAGUGUGAAAUCGUGCUGAUGGCUAGUAAGACUCGAGGAAGCACCUACCCAGCUCCCUACUUGGAUGAUUAUGGGGAGACUGAUCAUCUUCUUAGACGGGGCAAUCCAUUGCACCUUUGCCCAGAACGUUACAGGAAGCUGAACCAACUGUGGCAGCAGCACUGCAUCCUGGAGGAAAUCGCCCGCAGCCUGGAGGUUGUCAAUGUUAUGUUUGCCCUUGAGUGGCAGAUGUUGUGAUGACUGCUCCAGCUGUGGUGGCUGGGAGAUGGCUAAGCACAGUCCAGUACACCCAAUACACACACACACAAAUUAAAUGUUUCAACAAUCAAUGACAUCAGAUUCCUUUCAGAGAGAUGGGACAGUCAAAGAUGAACGACCAUGCGGUUUACGGAUGUAAAUGUAACCGAGGUCCCCUUGUUCCAGUUUUGAUUGUAAGGAGGAGGAGGUUCUCCAAGAGUGAUAUUAUGUGCAAAGAGGCUCCUUCAAAUUAAAGCAAACAUCAAAUGCAGUCUAACAUGUUUCUCUUUUUAGUUCCUGGAUUUGAUUCCUCUCUGUAAUGCUGACAUUUCUUUGCGUUUUGUUUUUGUGUUUAAACGUAUGAUCUGUUUUCAGUAAUAGUUGUUAGGUUAUGAUGUUUUGGAGGGUACGUUCAUGUGGAAGGGUUCAGUCAUGGUCAGUGAAACUUUUCUGUUUUUGCUUUUUGGCUCCUAAUUGUAUACAUGCUCCAGGUUAUGGGCCCAUAUUUAGCCGUCACCAUAAACGUUUUGAAUUCAGAUUAAGUAUUCUGAGAAGUACACAGUGGUAUAGAUAUACAUAAUGAUAAGCACGCAUUUGCCACCAUUUUUCUAAAACUCAGAUUUCUUUAUAGUAAAGGAAAAAAAAGUCUGCUAAGAAUUAUUUAAUGAAUAACAUUCAAAUAUUUCCAAUAUGAUAUAUUGUGAGAUCCCUUGUAAACAUUUUAAGCCAAAAAGGGUGCAUGUUUGUAAUCAUUAAAACUUAUAGAAGGAACUAUUGUGAAGCAGAUCAUUUUUUUCAUUUGACCAUAUUAACUUAAUUCCCACAUACUGAAAUAUUUAAAGAAAUUUACAUUUUAUUUAAAAAAGGAUCCAUGCGUCUUUCGGUCACUCUUGUCUUCCUCUGCCAUUUCAAGAAAGUAUGUGUGAAUAUAUUUACUUUGUGUUGUUUUGACAGUUCUACAUGACUUCCGGGCUGUGGAAAUAAAGACCCAAGCCAUUCCCCUAACCGCUUGUUGCAGUGCCCUGAAAACAUGUGAACAGAUUUAAAUAAACCUAUGUCAGUGAAGACACAUUGCUUACCUGUAGACUAAA